AUGGCCGCGUCGUCCUCCCGUCCUGCGACUAUGGUAUCCUGUGCAAAAGUAUCGUCCUCGUAGUAAUUGCAGUCAUGCAUUACAAAUCUUUUUCUCAAGGUAAAUCCGCAUUACAAAUUUUAUUUCUCAUGCUGAGAAAAUUUGUCAUGCAUUAUUUAUACGAGUACGAUACUUUUGCAAUGCAUAGAUGGUCGCGGAUGGCAACGCGACGGGGGCCAGCACGACGUCCACGUCGCCCUACUCGAUCAUUGAGGUAUCAAAAUGAAAAGUCCCCCCUCCCCAUAUCAAAAGGAAGUUUCUGAUGCUGGAUUUGCGUAUGCAAAUCAGGUUUGUCUUGCAGUAGAGUACUGCAGGCUCCUGCCAAGAUUGAGUAGACAGCUUUUGGCCUAGGCGCUUAGCAUGAGAAACGACUAGGCUGUAGGCCCAACAGCAUCACAAACCGCCUGCAUAAUGCGGCAGAGCCUGUGGCGUUGUCUUCUUGCAAGACAACCGUGAUUUGUGGUCUCAAAUCAGCAAGACAAAUUUUCGGAAACAUACCUGUUCGAUAUGGGGAGGGGGAGUUUUUCCUCUCAAUAUGAGGUGGCGAACUCUAUGGCGGCGUCUGAGUGAUUAUUGUUUUAUCGAUUCAAAAAUUCCCAUUUCAAUUUAAAAACAACUCUUAUCCCAAGCUGUAUCCAUCUCUUCGUCGCGGGUCUGCAGGGUGGUUGCCGUCGCGGUUCCGGUGGUGCGUCAACAUCCGGGCUCCAAUUUAUGCAUAUGAAAAGCGUUCCAAUUUGAGCGAGCUAGAUAAGGCAGCACAGAGGAUGUCUAAAUAGGGUAUGAAGUAAGCAUGUAGCUGAGGCUAAUAUGGGCGCCAAUAGCGCCGCUUGUAAGGUAUCCUGCCACGCCUGUUGCCGCUGGUGCCCCGUCAAAAAUUUGCAUUUUUUGCUGCCGCGAUUCAACAGAGGUUUUUAAAUGGAAGUUUAGACCUAUCAAUUUGCCUCUAUCUGAGCGCCAAUUUCUCAGCGUGAUUGAGAGGCUCAGUCCGAGGCUCAUUGAGAGGUCUCUAGAGAGGUCCGCAAAUGCCUUCCGCCGAUGAUAUGACGAAAAACAAAGCAUACCAUGACGGGGCACCAGGAACCAGCAAUCAGCCGGCACCUGGGCAAGCAGCAACGAACCCGCUUCCAGAGGGCCUAUUCCGGCCUCUGAUUUCACCUUAAGCAUGACCAAACUAGUUGCCUUAUCUAGCUAGCUCAAAUUGGAGCGCUCGUUUUGACUUGCGUACUCUUCUCCAACUGCUACCACCACGGGAGACGGCACCUGUACGCGCGCACGCGACGCGCGAAACAACACCUAAAGAGCACCUGAUACUGCAAUGUUUUUACUUUGAAAUGGGAAUUUUUGAAUCGCCUUGACAGUAAUCACUCAGACGCCGCCAUAAACUCUCACGGUGGCGACUAUGAGUACAUGAUGCAACUGCUCGGCGAGUUUAAGGAUUUCGGACCGGGCUACGGCAUCAAGUUUCAGCCCCUGCACCACACCACGCUCGCGACCCCCGACUUUCCGUCCUACCCGGUGUACGAGAGUUUUGUCUUCUCCUUCCAGCAAUGGGGUACUAUUUUCGACGAGGUGCGAAGGACGAGGAAGGAUAUCUGGCUGGACAUCUUUGAUACCUACGGGGUGGAAGUGCUCGGUCGUCACCUCGGGCAAGUGUACGGCCUGAAGCUGCAGGUGGGGGUUCUGGAGCACCUCCACGUGUUGGAGGCUUUGAGCCGGCUGGACCUGUCGGACAAGCUGCUGAUCAUGAACGUGGCCGCUCUGGUAUCUUACGUAAACACGUCCCCAUCCCAUAGUCAAGUUGGCAACUUAGCAACAUAAAUCUAGAAGGUUUGGGACCCACGCAUGACAAGUUGCGGUCCGUAGUGUAGUAGUGCAGGUUCGUAAGGAAAGCCGCAUCACAAAUCCUUCUGCUCAUCCUGUUUCCAGCAUUACAAAUUCUAAAACUCGACUAGAUAUGCAUCUCAACAUGGGGACCCGCAUUACAAAUGUUUCUGUAGAUGCAAAUCUGCAUGACAGUUCUGGGGAGGUGGGGACGACGUUUUUACACGCAAUAUCUGGAAGUGGACGCCAUCCGCGUCUUGCUCGCCCGCCUGGAAAACAAGUUGCGGCCCAGAGAGAUCCUUAUCCAGGUGGGUAUCCUGAGUAAAAACGUCCCCACCCGCCCAGAGUUGUCAAGCAAGUCUGCAUGCCAAAAAAAAAUCUCAUGUGGAGCCCCAUGAGAAGCAUUUUCCGUUCAUGUUUUGCUGGAAUUUCUGAUGCUAGAACCAGCAUGAUAUGCUAGAUCUGUGAUGCUGCUGAACUGGCUAAACCAACGGGAUCACGCGACGAAAUCAAACUUGUCAUGCGAACCAAAGUUGCUUUGUCUAGCAGAUUUCCCAUCUUGACUCUGGUGUGGGGACGUUUUUGCCCAGGAUAGUGGGGUUUCAAUCCUUUCCCACCAAGUUUGUCGACUGCGGUCUGGGGAAGCUGCGCACCAUCAAUAUCAAAUGCAAAUAUCCCUGGAUGUCUGGAAACUUGUGUUGCUGGUACUUGCAUGGCAAACUUGCUGCUUGUACGGCAUAAAAGCAUGAGAAAUAAUUUCCCUCGGCAUUCCUUGGGGAUUCAUUCGUGUUUGGCAUUACAAGCUGCCAUCUUCCAGCACGACAAAAAAACUGGCCAAUGGUAUUCAUGCACUACAGAUCUUGUUGUCGUUUAAGUCCUGCAUCACAAAGCCAGACCCAGACAUUUUUGCAUUUGAUAAUCAAAGACAGUCUUCAAAAGCGCAUCGUGUUUGCGGACCACGAGAAUCGAGACUUAUCAAAAGAAAAAAUCCCCCCUCCCCAUAUCAAAAGGAAACUUCUGAUGCUGGAUUGGCGUACACAAAUAAGGUCUGUCAUGCUGUAAGGGCAACGCCUGCCCCUAGCUGCUUAGCAUGGGACGAAACGCGUGCCCUGUAGGCCAACCAGCAUGACAAAUCACGCCCAUAAUGCGGCGCAUCCCUCAGCGCUUGCCUUCUUGCAAGACAAAAAUGAUUUGUGGCCACAAAUCUGCAUCACAAAUUUCGGGAAGGAUGCCUUUGCAAUCUGGGGAGGUGGGAUUUUUACUCACAAUUAGCCUCCGAGUUUGCCCUGUGGCUCCCGGCCAUGGCGUUGUGUUGCGGGGCCGACAUUGUCGAAAAGCACGUAAUGCACAGCUCACUGAACACCAAGUACGACUCCGUCUCCGCAUUGAAGGUGCUAUCAAAUGCAAACAUGUCUGGGAGGUCUGGAAACUUGUAAUGCUGAGUUGGAACUAGUGAAUGCUCUGAAAUGCACUCGUAUUUUCGUGCCUAAGUGAUGUAUGGGAAGUAUUUUCGUGCCUAAGUGUUGCGGUUUUCGCAUGACAGACUGCGUUUUGGCAUGACAAGCAAAAGGCUCCUCUUCUUGGACGCGCAUCACAAGCUCUUCAGUCAUGCCAGACAAGCAUGACAGGCCCUGCAUCCUUCCAGAUUCAGACAUAUUUGCAAUGCAUAGGUGCACGAGUUUACCAAAAUGAUGGAUCUCACCUCGCAGGUGAACGGCGUGUUGCAUGCCAAAGAGUUUGUGAACCGGCGGGUAUCAAAUGCGAAAAUGUCUGGGUCUGCAAGAUUGCUAGCUUUGUCAUGCAGGUUUUCCAUGACCCACGCGGUCUGGCAUGUACGACCUAGCAUGACAGAUUCUGUGAGACCUCUAUCAUGCCUUUCCUGCAUGAGAAACUGCCUCUACGAACUUGUUAAAAAGUUGACAACUUUUGGUAAUCAUGCAACACAAUUUUUUUCACGAUCCAGAUGUAGCAUGACAAGUUCCAACCUUCCAGACGCAGACAUAUUUGCAAUGCAUAGCGGGAAAAGGAAUACUACGAGAAGGGCCUGAUGUAUCGCAAGAAAAAAGUGUUACAGUUACACACAUAGUCUAUGCAGGCCAAGCAAGACAGACAAGCUCUGUCAUGCCGGAUAUGCAACAUGGGAGCCUGGUUUCAUAGGUGUUUUCCCGUAGGAUUUCUGCAUUACAAGUUUUCUGACUCAUGCAGAGAAAUUUAUUGUGUUGCUGAAUUCACUACAAACGUGUCACUGUAACACUUUUUUCGUGGGAUAUGAUGCGACCGCUCCUUGCGCACGGAAGAGAAAAGGGGUCGCCCCUCUCCCUGGCCCACGACCUCGUGUUCCUGCGGAGCUUUAUGGCGUUCUCAAACGUUAUAUUCUCAACUGUUACAAGAUGAAUUUGUGAUGCAAGAAUGGCAACAGUCAAAGGGGCAAGCUUGCUGCUUUCGCGUCACAGAUUUGGCACAAUAUUAGAUGCUGUUUAGCCUCUCGGAGAUUUGUCAUGCGAAGCAGCUUGAUCAUCUGGCGGCUUAAGGUAGUCUUGCAUGACAAAUCCACGUAACAGUUGAGAAUGUAACGUUUGAGAACUCGAUAAGCUUAUCCAAGGGGUUGUCCUUCUCCGAAAUCGAGAAACUGACCACCAUAUGGAUUGCAAAAAUCCCUGGAUGUCUGGAAGAUUGCAUCAAAUUGUCAUGCUAAAUCCGAAUCAUGCAGAAACCUGUGUUGCAUGGGUGCCAAAAGCUGUCCACUUUCGACCAAGUUUGGAGGGAGUUUCUCAUGCAGGAUAGACAUGGCAGAGACCUCACAGACACUGUCAUGCUAGGUCCUGUAUUCCAGACCUCAUGGGGCAUGGAAAAUAUGCAUGACAAGUCUGCAUUCCUCUUCCAGACCCAGACAUUUUUGCAUUUGAUACAUGACCGGCCACGUGCUCUCGCAAUCCGUGGCUGCGGGCGCUCUAUCAAAAGGAAAAAUCCCCAUAUCGAAAACGAAAUUUGUGAUGCUGUAUUUGAGUACACAAAUCGACUUGUAAUGCUAGAAGGCCACGAGACGCAGCUGUGGCCUCGUUCUUUCCAGGCAAUUUGUCAUGCUGUUCCCAUUUCCAGCUGCCCCCUGUCAUGCUGAAGAUGCAUAGGUUUAUUCCCACGCCAACCAGCACUACAGUCGGCAUCUUUUCCCUUCUAGCAUGACAAAGCUGAUUUGUGACCACAAAUCUGCAUCACAAAUUUUUAGUUUGAGUAUGUGGCGGGGGGAUUUUUCACUUUGAUACGCUCCCCUGCGUCGCGAGUACUUCAAGAGCGCCACGAUCGGGGUUCUGGUGGCCUGCCGCCUGAAAUCGGCCCGGUGUAAGCGGAAGGCGGUGCGCAAACUGGGCGACCUCACCUCUAUCGAGCAGUGUCUUCGCAACUGUUGCAGCAUGACCCGCGCGCACCAUGUGGUGCUUUGUACCUCCACCACCGAAGAGGAUGCGGAGCUGUCCGGCUACCGGUACAACUCAUCCGCAGUAUUGUCAGGAAAAAUCCCCCCUCCCCACAUCGAAAAGGAACACCUCAGUGAAUUUGUGAUGGUGAUUUGUGACCACAACAGUGUCUGCUUUGCAAGAAAGCAACGGCAUGAACUCCGCCCAAUUAUUAUGCUGGCGGUUUGUAAUGCUGUUGGUCCCACAGCGCAGACGUUCCUCAUGCUAAAGUGCCUGGCCCAAAACCUCUGCGCAUUGGCAUGGUAUGGGCCUGCAGUCCUCUACUGCAAGACAAAUCUGAUUUGUGUACGCAAAUCCAGCGUCAGAAGUUUCGUUUUGAUGUGGUGAGGGGGGAUUUUUCCUUUUGAUACGCAGUGGGGUUUCACCAGGGUGACCCGGAAGACGUGAUUUGGCGGUAUCUGGAGGUGGUGCGGCAACUCAAAAUUGACGUGAUCGUCCGGGUGACCGGGGUAUCUAAUGCAAAUAUGUCUGGGUCUGGAAGAUUUUGAGAUUUGUCAUGCACGUGGUCCAUGAGCCCUGAUGUCUGUGAUGCAUGCCCUAUCGUCACAGAUGUUUUGGGGGCUUCUUGAUCCCUAUUGCGCAUGACAAAUGCCCCCUCCGCGUAGGAAAAAUUACACUCCCUUUGCUGUUCAUGCAAUACAGAUUUUUUUGGAAUCCAGAUGUAGCUUCACAAGUUGCAGCACGCUUCCAGACCCAGACAUAUUUGCAUUUGAUACGGGGACAAUCCCUUCGUCUCCCCCGAGAUGUGCGACCUCCUGCUCGAGAGCCACUUUCGCGAGGGCGCCGAUUACACCGCCCCCCGGGAGGGCGCGAUCGGCACGGGCAUGGAAAUCGUGUCGGCGCGAGCUUUGGAGCACAUCCACGCCGUGACCGGCGGAGCGCAAUACUCAGAGUACAUGACCUGGUACUUUGUGAAUAACCCCGACUGCUUCCGCUUGAACUUUGUCCCUCUCCCCGCAGAGUUAUCGUACGAAAAAAGUAGUGUUUCACUGUAAGGAUUUUGCAAGUUUUGCAUCACAGGUUUGCUCUACAUCACAGAGAAAAUUUGCCAUGCAAAGUUCCUAAGAGAAAUAAACACAGCUAAAAAUCCACUGUCUUGCAUGUGUAGCAAUACAAAUCCUUCUGAGAUACUAUUUCAUCUGCAUAUACAAGUUUACAGUAAAACACUUUUUUUCUGCGAUAAGGUUUGUGCCGCGACUACCGUCUCACCUUGGACUAUGAGGAGGACUAUCAAAUGUUCUGCACGCUUGUCGAGGGCCUGCAGUAUCAAAAGGAAAAAUCCCCCCUCCCCAUGUCGGAAAGGAAAUCUGUGAUGCUGGAUUUCCGUACACAAAUCAGAUUUUUCUUGCAGUAGAGGACUGCAGGCAUAUGCCAACCCUGGGCGGCGAGGUUUUAUUUCCAUAGGCGCCUAGCAUUACAAAUCUCCACGCUGUAGGCCCAAAAGCAACACAAACCACCUGCAUAGAAAUGCGGUGCAGGUGGUGGAUUUGCCUUCUUGCAAGACGGAGACGAUUUGUGGUCACAAAUCAGCAUUGCAAAUUUUCUGUGGCUUCCUUUUCGAUAUGGGGAGGCGGGAUUUUUCCUUACGAUAUGCAGAGGGAGAAGAAAAUUGAUCACACAGGAGACAUAUCAAAUGCAAACAUGUCUGGGUCUGGAAACUUGUGUUGCUGAUACUCGCAUUGCAAACUUGCUGCUUCCUUGUACGGCAUAAUAGCAUGACGAAUUUCGCGAGGCUUAUUCCAGAUUCGUUCGUAUUUAGCAUGACAAAGUGCCAUAUCCAGCACGACAAAAAAACUGGCCAAUGGUAUUCAUGCAUUACAGAUCUUGUUGUCCUUGAAGUUCUGCAUCACAAAUCCAGGCGCAGACAUGUUUGCAAUGCAUAAGACACACGCGCAGUACUUGCGUUCUUGGACGAGCAUCCCGAAGUGGUCAGCAUGAACUCGCUAUCAAAUGUAAAAAUGUCUGGGUCUGGAAGAUUCUGAGAUUUGUCGUGCAUGUUUUGCAUGACCCAGGACGUCUGUAAUGCGCGACCGCGCAUCACAGGUUUUGAGCUGGCUUCCUGAUGCCUACUCCGCAUGAGAAACGCCCUCCCCGCGUAGCACAAAAUAGACUCCUCUUGCUGGUCAUGCAAUACAGAUUUUUCUAGAGUCCAAAGUUAGCAUCACAAGUUCCAAUCUUCCAGACCCAGACACUUUUACAUUUGAUACUCGCAAAAGGUGCUCAAGUGGGCCACGUAUCAUUUGUAAAAACGUCCCCACACCAGAGUCGUCAAGAUGGGAUGAAAUCUGCUAGAGAAAUCUACAAGCUUAGGUUCUUGCGCAUGACAAGUUUUGGGCCGUAGUGUAAUCCUCGACUUAGCUUGUUCAGAAGCAUCACAAAUGAAGCCUACCAUGCUGAUUGGAGCAUUACACAUUGCAAAGCACGACUAGACUUUAUUUCUCAUGGGGCUUCGCAUGAGAAGCAUUUUGCUCCUGCAUUGUUGCAUGACAACUAUGGGCGGGUGGGGACGCUUUUACAUAUGAUACCACGGACAAGGAGCUGAUCGCGACUUUGAAUGAGAAAACGCGACUCACCGCGAUGCUCCACCCCGGGCCUCCGCGACAAGCGUGGCAGGAAGCGGACGAGGAGGAAAACAACAAGAAGCAUAUCAAAUGCAAAAAUGUCUGGGUCUGGAAGAUUGCAACUCGUCAUGCUGUUUUUGGACUCUGAAAAAGUUUGUAUUGCAUGACCAGCAAGAGGAGUCUAGUUUGUUUGUGCUACGCGGGGAGGGCAUUUGUCAUGCGGAGUAGGCAUCUGGAAGGGUUCUAAAAGUCUGUGAUGGUAGGGCAUGCAUCACAAACAAUCCUGGGUCAUGCAAAGUAUGCAUGACAAAUCCGGCAAUAUUCCAGACCCAGACAUUUUUGCGCUUGAUAAAGCAAGCAAACCGGCAAGAAUUGCUCGUGCAAGGCCAACGCGUUACCGGAUGAGGACAUCAAAGUAGUUAUGUUUUCGACGAGUAGUCGGUCCUCUUGUUUGCGUGUUCUGUGGGAGGUUCUUGUGUGGUCACCACGCCUAUUUUGGUUUUAUAGUACACUAGCUGCUUUUAAUAUUUCAUCUGAGCCCACGGGCUCCUCCGGCGGCCUAUUUAUCAAAUGUAAAAAUGUCUGGGUCUGGAAGAAAAAGAAUCCAACUUGUCAUGCUGAUUUUGGACUCUAAAAAAAUCUGUAUUGCGUGAGCAGCAAAGAGAGUCCAAGUUUUGCUACACGGAAAGAGCGUUUGUCAUGCGGUAUACUUAGUCAUCAGGAAGCCCUCACGAAAUCUGUGAUGCUAGGGCAUGCGUCGCAGACAUCAGGAGUGAUGCAAAAUGUGCAUGACAAACAUACAUUCUUCCAGACCCAGACACUUUUACAUUUGAUACUAUUUAGCAAGUCCUUAUUCUUAUUAAUAUUAAUAUAUUUAUAUAUGGAAGAAAACGGGGCCGGAGAGGUUCCGGUAGAGGGUGGGGAGAGGUUUGAUAGAGGUAAAAUAGAGGUUGGGAGAGGUAAAGUAGAGGGUCGGGAAAAAAUAGAGGGUCGGGGAGAGGUAAAACGAGAGGUAAAGGAGAGGGUAGGGAGAGGGUGGGUAGUAUGUCCGCCCGUAUAGCGGGGCUAUACGCCCGAAGAGGGUAGGUAGAGGGUGGACAGAGGUCAAAUAGAGGGUAGGGGGAGAGGGCCGAGAGGGUCAGAGAGGGUGCGUAGUAUAGAGCGACCCUCUAUGUGACCCUCUACCGCGACCCUCUCCGGGAGCCUCUAUUUUACCUCUCGGGGGACCCUCUCGGGACCUCUCCGACCCUCUCCGGGACCCUCUCCUCGACCCUCUCCUCGACCCUCUCCGCGACCCUCUCCGCGACCCUCUCCUCGACCCUCUCCUCGGCCCUCUCCUGGAACAUCUCCAGGAACAAAAGCCGCCUGGCUGCGCGCGACACACACCUCUUCAAGAAUCUAGGCAGGUAGGGCGCAAAGCUCGGCAGGCCUUGCUUUCGCAUUCAGACCAGGGUGGCCGUUCAAAGUGCGUGCGCCGCUCUGCGUCCCCCAGAGGGGGCGCGGCGCCCCGCCUUAACCUGGUCGGCCACCUGGGGUGGCCGCAACUUCACACAACGCCCGCGCGCGCGCGGGCAGCAGAUGCUUCGUCCUUGUCACGUCUUGAAAGUUGGCGCCCGAAAAUAGUCUCCUGUGCGCAUUUUCCCACGGCGCGCAGCGACUGAGGCCGGGCACGCAGCAGCAGGUGGAAGCAAGUGCAGGACGCGUCCCCGCGCCGUCUAUUAGUAAUACAGGCAGCGCCGUCUAUUAGUAAUACAGGCAGCGCCAUGGAGCUAGAGGCGCGCCCCUCAGGGUGCCCAACCAUGCCGAAACAUGAGCCGGGCUUUUUUUAUUUGGUUGCGUAGCGGCGCGCAGCGAUUCAUUGGUGGCGUCACCUUCCCCACCGGAACACCUCCACCGAGCAGCCCCCUCCCCGGCGGCCUCCGCCGGGGGGUGGCUGGUAUUUAUAUAUGGAAGAAAACGGGGCGGGAGAGGGUACAGUAGAGGUUGGGGAGAGGUUUUAGAGAGGUAAAAUAGAGGGCCGGAGAGGUAAAGUAGAGGGUCCGCCAAAAUGAGAGGGUCGGGGAGAGGUAAAACGAGAGGUAACGGAGAGGGUAGGGAGAGGGUGAGCCGUAUAGACGCCCUUAAAGCGCGGCUAUACGCGCGCAGAGGUAGGGUAGAGGUUGGGGAGAGGUCAAGUAGAGGGUAGGGGAAGAGGGUGUAGAGGGUCGGAGAGGGUGCGUAGUAUAGGGCGACCCUCUACGCGACCCUCUACCGCGAUCCUCUCCGGAAACCUCUAUUUUGCCUCUCGGUGGACCCUCUCGGGACCUCUCCGACCCUCUCCCGGACCCUCUCCGAACCUCUCCCGGACCCUCUCCGAACCUCUCCGGGACCCUCUCCCGGACCCUCUCCGUGACCCUCUCCCGGACCCUCUCGCGGACCCCCUCGCGGACCACCUCCAGGAGCACAGCCUGCCCACCUGUCUGCGCGUGGCGCCUCCUCAAGAAGCUCGCUAGGGCGCAGCGACCGGCUGGCAUUGCUUUUGCUUUCAGAUCAGAGCGGCCGUUCAAAGUGCGUGCGCCGCUCUGCGUCCCCCAGAGGGGGCGCGGCGCCCCGCCUUAACCUGGUCGGCCACCUAGGGUGGCCGCAACUUCUUUCCCACAGCGCCCGCGCGCGCUGGCAGCAGGUGCGUCGCCCUUGUUGCGUCUCGCACGAUGGCGCCCGAAAAUAGUUUCCUGCGCGCAUUUUCCUACGGCACGCAGGCAGCUACUAAGGCCGGGCAUGCAGCAGCAGGUGGAAGUGUAGGACGCGCCCCCGCGCCGUCUAUUAGUAAUACAGGCAGCGCCCUGGAGGCGCGCCCCCCAGGGUGCCCACCGAUGCCGAAACAUGGGCCGGGCUCUUUUUAUUUGGUUGUGUAGCGGCGCGCAGCGGUUCAUUGCUGGCGCCACCUUCCCCACCGGAACAUACACCUCCACCGAACAGCCCCCUCCCCGGCGGCCUUCGCCGGGGGGUGGCUGGUAUUUUCCUAUGCUUAAUAUUUUGCUCACCUGUAGUUUCUCGUCCUAUUGAAUCGAAACUACGGAACAAGCGAAUAAACUUGAUAAAAUUGUUCACUGCUCAAAAUGUAUUAUGCUAAAGCGUUAAAAGGCUCAAAACUUAUGCUAAAGCGUUAAGCUACAGCAAAAAAGUUCGUAUGUACAGCAGGGUAUAGCGCAAGAAGAACUGAUGGGGACAUCAGCAGGCAUCUUAAAGAUAUUCGAGAGAUCAUCAUGCUUGUGAGCAGUCUGCCUCGCAGAUGAAAUGAAGGCUUAGCAAACGAGGGCUGCUCCCACACGCGGCCGUUGGUGAGGUGCAAGAGCAUGUGUUUGUUGAUGUUGAUGUUCUACCAGACCUUGGCAAUGGGAGACUUCGACAGCCAUAUAGAUUCGGAAUAGAUUCCAAAUAGAUUUGAAGUAGAUGGCUUCUGUUUUCCGAAAAAGCGUCUGCAGUUCUGCAGCACGCGAUCGAACGGAGAAUAAAAACAGUCACCGAAGUCGCGAGUGGGGCGCCGAAAAAUGAAAACAAUUCUGACCAAAAUUUUCCGGGCCGAUGAAAAGUGGCCACAAGGUGCCUGCCCUAGCCCGAGAAAGUGGCCAGGUGAAGGGGGUAAUCUUGCAGCGCAAGCGC